GUGCAGCCCGUGGGCAGCCAGCGCGAUGACAACGGGGACCAGCGGAACUCCCUGGGCGACUGCUCCCUCGACAGGGCACCCUCCCGCCAAGGGCGGAAGCCGACCGACGAAGGGGCGCGCCUUCUGAGGCCGCGGAUCCCGUUCCCGCUGGCCGGGGGCGUCAACGCGACCGCCUACCUGGACAAGGCGCGCCUCUGGCAACGCUGCAGCCUCUGCGCGGGCGAGAAGCCAGCCAGCGACCAGCAGUGCCAGAGCAGGAUCUCGCUGAGAGUCCAGGUGGAGCUCUACGACUCGUCGGCGGAGAGGGAGUACCAGUUG